AAUAGUUAGAAACUUAGUGCAGCCACACGUGCAGGGGUGUGUCUGUUUGUAAUCACCAGUUCCUGGAGACAUUUGGUUCGGCACAUCGAGGAUACUUGGAUGUCCCUUCUUGCGACUCUCCAUAGUGAGCCGGCUAUAUCGUUACAUGGAGGCACGAGAAGGACAACGAAGAAUAACCGUGGAACUGUGUCGGAUGUUUGCUUGUUGGACAUCGUAGUUCCAGCACGAUGCUAUAUGUAAUUUGUUUCAGAAGCUGGACGGUGAAUACAAUUGUCAAAAGUGCGGAUAUUUGAGUGGGACACACGCACAAUGCACAUUGCGGACAUGGCUGUCUCUGUGUUUGUAGUAGUGAUCAUCGCCGUCUCGUUUCUGUCCAACGUGGUGGUACUGAUCUGCUUUUUGUACAACCAGGAGAUUCGAAAGCAGGUGCCCGGGUUGUUUAUCCUCAACCUAACCGUCUGCAACCUGUUGCUUACCGUGUCCAAUAUGCCUCUAACUCUGGUCGGACUUAUCAACAAAGGAAACACUGGAGGCAGCGGGUUCUGUCAAACUGUGGGUUUCCUGGACACUUUUCUCACCACCAACUCAAUGCUCAGUAUGGGGGCUUUGAGCAUCGAUCGAUGGGUGGCAGUAGUUUUUCCGCUGAGCUACCACUCCAGAAUACGACACCGGGACGCAGUGAUAGGGCUUGGAUACACGUGGAUGCACUCGCUCUCGUUCUCCACGGUGGCCACUUGCGCUUCCUGGGUUGGGUACCAUCACCUUUACGCAUCAUGUACGCUCUGCAAUGCGAGAGCAAGCGGCUCCCGGACGCAGUUCAUCAUCUACACUGUGGUGUUACACUCUCUCACGUUUCUCUUGACCUUAAUCGUGUUGUGUGUAACGUACCUGAAAGUUCUGAAAGUUGCGCGGUUUCACUGUAAACGCAUCGACGUGAUCACUAUGCAGACCUUAUUGCUGCUUGUGGAUAUUCACCCGAGUGUGCGCCAGCGAUGCCUGGAUGAGCAGAGACAGCGGAGGCAGAGAGCCACCAAGAAGAUCAUCACAUUCAUUGGAACGUUUGUGGUGUGCUUCGCCCCUUACGUCAUCACGAGAAUCUUCGAGCUCUUCACGCUAGGACAGAUAAACCCUCACUGGGGUGUCUUGUCUAAGUGUUUGGCCUACAGCAAGGCAGCCUGCGACCCCUUUGUCUACUCACUGCUCCGGAACCAGUACAGGAAGACAUGCAGCGACCUGACCAACAAGAUCCUGAAGAGAAGUUCCUUUAACUCCUCCGCCCGCAUGGUGGAGAACGGAAGGGUCAACGACACCAACAACUUCAAACCCACCCAUUGA